AUGGAGUGGGCUGGAGACGAAAAAGCCAUGCCAAUUGAGGACGUUGGCCGCACAGAGGUAGACAUUGGCAAAGUCCAACUGAUGCCACAUAUGCUGCAGCGCUUCCGCGCCUUGAUACAAAAACGGGUGCUGUAUUUGUGGCGCACACCUUUCCUGUUCGUGAUUGGCUGGAUCCUCCCUGUGGUCAUGGCAUACAUUGGUCUUACGGUAUUCAAGCUAAACCGCGUGGAACUGCCGCCGGAUUUCAGUCACUUCAACCUGAGCACAAUUUUAUCUGAUGGAGCUGAAGAACAACCAGCCAAAGUCUUCAUUGAAGAGGUCACACCGAACGACAAUUCUCUGCGCUACAAGGUGCUUCUAGAGAGCCAGAACGUACCAUACGAUGUUUUCACGGAUACGAAGAAGACUCUUUUGGCCAAGUACAACGAGAACUUUUUUCACUACAUGUUGACCUAUGCGUUCGGCAGCGUCUUCAACACAACAGAGUAAGUGAAUUUGGCGGUAAUUCACGGAUAUUGGGAACAUAUCUCUUCUGUUUAGCCGCACCCAAGUACCUUGCGGUGGACUAAUACUUUAACAUUACAAAUCCUUGUGAUGGCGCAAACUGUGACACGUGUGCACAGAACCAAGAGUGACGAAUAAAGGAGGUGAGUGAGGUUACAGAAAUUCAGCUCGGUUACAGCUCGUGUGAACAUUUAGGUUGACCAGCAUGUCUUUAGCGAUGAUUCUGCAUCUGAUUUUCGGACUUUGUUAAACAAAAUAGUGUACACGAUUUAAGUAAUCCACGGACUUUAUCGCACGCUGCAUUGGAGGUAGGUUUCAAGUUUACCGGUUGCUGAUGGAUCAGGAGUACGACGUGAAGGAUGUACAGUAGUCAAUAGUGCGAAUGAAAGAGGAGACCCGGAGAGUCAUGCUACAUUUUUCGUCGAUAUAGUAUGCUGUUCUAAGCCACGCGAAGGGAACAUCCACUGAAUGCAUGAUUUUGUUAAAAAGUUC